AUGGAGAGCACAGAGUGGACCAUAGUUCACGUGGAGCGGCCAUGGAAAGGGCGCACGGAGCCCCUAAAGCUGCUUUUGGAGGACGCCGGCGUCCCCUACGCUGUGCGCUGCGAGGAGUUGGGUCCUGCCAUCUCCUUCGACCUGUGGCGAGGGUCUGAAGCCGCAAUCACAGUGGACAGCACUCCCUUCCCAGUGAUGUUUCCUCCAGCAAUUUGGCAUCGACCUCAUGAUGGUGAGGAGGUCUUCGUGAACACUCAGAUCGCCUGUAUGAGGUACUUGGGCCAAUGCUUGGGCUAUGCGCCUUCCUCUGCCGCUGAGGGUGCACGGGCCGACCAAAUCGCGCAGAAUGCGGUGGACUAUUGGGUUGAGGGGCGGGUUUGUUUUCAUCCCCUGGACAGUUCCCAUUUGGGGUCGUACUCCUCACAGAAAGAGGCUGCGGAAAAGUCUUCCCAAGAGUGGAGCCGCACGCGCAUGCGGCUUUGGCUGCAGCACUUUGAGAAGGUCGUGUCGCGCGACCCUGGGCCACGGAAGCCCUGUGCCGGCGGCGCCUCGGUCACUUUCGCCGACUUCCUCCUCUUCCACGUCCUGGACGCUACCGAGGCUCAGUUCAACUCCGAGCACUUUUCCUUCGCCUGGGACGCGGCGGGGUGCGAAGGUCUCAAGGCCUACAAGGCGCCUCUCCUGGGCAGAAGCAGGGCUUCCUCGACAGGUGUUUCCACAAUAUUAAUUAUAUAUAUAUAUAUACACACGGUAUGUGCAUAUCUAGAUAUUUGCUUAUGUUUGUGUGUGUAUAUGUAUAUAUACAUAUAA